AUGAUUGUUGUUUUUGAUAGGAUCCACUCUAAUUUUACUCUUGGUCAAGUUGAUAUUAUUAUUUCUACAUCUGGUAUUUUACUACGACUUUUGAGACAAGAUAAACAUUUUGAUAUUGAACGACGUUUAAUCGAUAGUAAUCUUCGAUAUGCAAUCGUUGAUGAAGUCGAUACUCUACUUGACAUCAUAUUUAGUUCUGCUAUUGUUGAAAUUAUUCGAUGUUUAGAAAUUGAUGUAAAACCAAUAAAUAAUCUUAAACAGAAUGCUCCAUCAGCUGUACAACUUAUUUUUAUUUCUGCUACAAUACCUAUAACGAUUGAAGAAAGUUUGAAAGAAUUAAUUAGUAUUCGUAUUAAUUUAAAUAAUUUUAUAAAAUAA